AUGAAGUGUAAGGAAUCCCCAGAACCUUUACUACCUGAAACCGUAGGGCAAGAUUUAUCUAAGCAAUUUAUCGCAGGAAUCAAUAAGUUUAAAUCACAGAUGAAAAUAAGAAUUGAUCAAGUAAAUUUGUCAAUUGAUGAUGAAGAGAAUACGCGGAAUGGACUGCCAAAUAAUACUAGAAUUGCUGAAGAUAAACCACAAAAUGACAAUGUGGAUAAAAGUAUUGGUCAAUGUAAUUCAUUGAUCAUUAAAGAUGUAAAUAUGACUGAUUGUGGUGCGCCAAACGCUGAUGAAGAUCACCGACAUAAACAAAACCUUACGCAUCUGGAUAGGCCGUCAAUUAAUUCAACUCGUAAUCGCAAUCGUAGACUUCGUAAAAAGUGGACCAAUGAAGAAUUACAGGCGUUAGAAGAUGGUAUGAGAGAAUAUGGGACACAUUGGGCUCGAAUAUUAGAAAAGCAUGGAUCGUCUAGCGGUCCUUUGAAAAAUCGCACACAAGUUCAACUCAAGGACAAGGCGCGCAAUGAAAAGCAACGACGAAUGAAGGCGGGAAUAGAUGUAGGUGUUUUUGUUCAAGCGUCUGAUUUGGUUAAGAAUUAA